AUGCGGCGGCGCCGAGGACGUUCCUGGGCGACGAGACGGGGAGGUUCCGGCUUCCGCUGCGUCGCGGAAGUGACGGUGCCCCCUUGCGUCUGGCCCUCCCGGGCGGGGCGGCCCAAGCUGCAGUUAAGUGUGUACACUACCACAAGGUCACACAUUGGUGCUGAGAAUAAUAUAGAUCUGGUUUUGAAUGUGGAAGACUUUGAUAUUGAGUCCAAAUUUGAAAGGACGGUCAAUGUCUCUGUACCAAAGAAAACCCGGAAUAAUGGAACACUAUAUGCAUAUAUAUUUCUUCACCAUGCUGGCAUUUUGCCGUGGCAUGAUGGUAAGCAGGUGCACAUUGUAAGUCCUCUGACUACGUAUAUGGUUCCUAAACCAGAAGAGAUUAAUUUGCUCACUGGAGAAUCGGACACACAACAAAUUGAAGCAGAAAAACAGACCAAUGCUUUAGAUGAGCCUGUCUCACAUUGGAGGUCAAGGUUAACCUUAAAUGUCAUGGUGGAAGAUUUUGUCUUUGAUGGAUCGUCCCUCCCUGCUGAUGUUCACCGUUACAUGAAGAUGGUUCAGUUGGGGAAGACAGUGCAUUACCUUCCAAUAUUAUUUAUUGAUCAGCUAAGCAACAGAGUGAAAGAUUUGAUGGUUAUAAAUCGUUCAACCACAGAGCUACCUCUUACAGUGUCGUAUGAUAAAAUAUCUCUUGGAAAACUCCGAUUUUGGAUCCACAUGCAGGAUGCUGUGUACUCCCUCCAACAAUUUGGGUUUUCAGAAAAGGAUGCAGAUGAAGUAAAAGGAAUUUUUGUGGAUACUAAUCUGUAUUUUCUGGCUCUGACAUUCUUCGUAGCAGCAUUCCAUCUCCUUUUUGAUUUCCUUGCAUUCAAAAAUGACAUCAGUUUCUGGAAGAAAAAGAGGAACAUGAUUGGGAUGUCUACAAAAGCAGUUCUCUGGCGGUGCUUUAGUACUGUUGUAAUAUUUCUUUUCCUUUUGGAUGAACAAACAAGUCUAUUGGUCCUGAUUCCAGCAGGCAUUGGUGCAGUGAUUGAGCUCUGGAAAGUGAAGAAAGCUUUGAAAAUGACGAUCAAGUGGCAAGGCAUAAGACCCAAAAUUCAGUUUGGUACAUACAAUGACUCUGAAAAGAAAACUGAGGAAUAUGAUACCCAGGCUAUGAAAUAUUUGUCAUAUUUGCUGUAUCCACUCUGUAUUGGAGGUGCAGGUUAUUCCUUGCUGAAUGUUAAAUACAAGAGCUGGUACUCCUGGCUGAUUAACAGCUUUGUCAAUGGGGUGUAUGCUUUUGGGUUCCUAUUUAUGCUGCCCCAGCUGUUUGUAAACUACAAGAUGAAAUCUGUUGCACACUUACCAUGGAAAGCUUUCACAUAUAAAGCAUUCAACACCUUUAUUGAUGAUAUCUUUGCUUUCAUCAUCACUAUGCCAACAUCUCAUAGGCUGGCAUGCUUUAGAGAUGAUGUCGUGUUCCUGGUCUAUCUUUACCAAAGAUGGCUUUAUCCUGUGGAUAAGAGCAGAGUGAAUGAGUAUGGAGAAUCCUAUGAAGAAAGGCCAAAAAAGAAAGUUCAUAGAGAAUAAUUAAGAAUUGAAGAAGCUUCUGACCCUCGGACUCUUACUGGUUACCUGUAUUAUCUGGUCUUAAGGAAAAACUUAUUUAAUAAGAGUAUUUUUAAAGCUUAUGAAAGAACUACAUGGACAAUACAUCUUCUAUAUUGCCAAAAUCUAGUUUUGAUAUCCUCCUCUUUCAGGAUUCUUUUUUGUCCUCGUGAGGUCAACAGUCUGCCAGAUGUCAUUCAAUAUCCUGCACUUACACUUCUCUUCAGCGAAAAACUUAGUGUCCUCAUCAUU